AUGAUUAAAGAUAACAACGAAAUUAUUCCACUAAUGGACAAGAAAAUAAAUCCGUCUGGUAUUCCCCCUCCAAACCAGCAAGAGAAAAAGCUGACUGAAAGCACUCCCACAAAGAAAAGUUCACACUUUUUUCUGGAGAUUGACGGUUUUGAAAGCAAUGCAACUCCAAAUAAUACGUCUCCCCCUGUGUUUUCAAAACCAAUGGAUUCAAAUAUUCGUCCAUGUGCGUCCGGAAAUGGGGAAGAUAUGGAUUCCCCACAGUCUCUUCAGGAUGAUGCCACUGAGUAUAGCCCUAAUGUAGACAGUUGUUGUGCUAACAUAUCACAAGGACCCGAGCAGACUAGUGCCCGGAAGAAGUUGAAAAGAUACAUAUUUCGGGCAGUAUCUGAGGGGAAUAUAGAAGAAUUGCAAUGUCUGCUCACAGAGCUGAAGGAACGAUCAAACGCGUGUACAAACAUGACUGUGCAAGAUUAUCUGAUGAAAAAAUUCACAGCUUUAGAUACUGGCAAAACUUGUCUGAUGAAAGCUCUGCUGAAUAUCAACCAAAACACAAAUGAGAUAGUGAAUACGCUACUAUCCUUUGCAGAAGAAAAUGGUAUUUUGGAGAGAUUUAUCAAUGCAGCAUACACAGAAGAGGCAUAUAAAGGCCAGACAGCUCUAAAUAUUGCCAUUGAAAGAAGACAAUAUGAAAUAACUCAGAGCCUUAUAGAAAAAGGAGCUGAUGUCAAUGCUCAUGCCCAGGGUAUUUUCUUUAAUCCCAAACAUAAGCAUGAAGGCUUUUAUUUUGGUGAAACUGCACUGGCGUUAGCUGCAUGUACCAAUCAACCAGACAUAAUUCAACUGUUAAUGGACAAUGCCAGGACUAAUAUUACUUCUCAGGAUUCCAGAGGAAACAAUAUCCUCCAUGCAUUAGUUACUGUGGCAGAGGACUUUAAAACCCAGAAUGACUUUGUAAUCAGAAUGUAUGACACGAUUUUGUUGAAAAGUAAAGACAGAAAUUUGGAAACAACAAAGAAUAAGGAGGGUUUGACACCACUACAAUUAGCUGCAAAAACUGGGAAAUUAGAGAUUCUGAAAUACAUCCUGAGCAGAGAGAUAAGAGAUAAGCCUAACAGGAGCCUGUCAAGAAAAUUCACAGACUGGGCUUAUGGUCCUGUGCAAUCUUCCCUUUAUGAUCUAACAGAACUAGAUACCACCGCAGACAAUUCAGUAUUGGAAAUCAUUGUCUAUAAUACAAAUAUUGGUAAUCGCCAUGAAAUGCUGACGUUGGAGCCUCUGAAUUCACUGCUGCGAAUGAAAUGGAAGAAGUUUGCACAACAGAUGUUUUUUAUGUCAUGCUGUUUUUAUUUCCUAUAUAAUGUAACACUAACAUUAGUUUCCUACCACAGGCCUAAUGAAAAUGAAGCUCCACCUUAUCCACUAGCUCUAACACGUGGCGUGGGAUGGCUGCAGUUAUCGGGACAGGUGAUGGUUAUGUUAGGAGCAAUAUUUUUAGCCAUAAAAGAGAGUGUAGCCAUCUUUCUGCUUAGGCCCUCAGACCUGCAGUCAAUUCUUUCUGAUGCGUGGUUCCACUUUGCAUUUUUUAUACAAGCUCUGCUUGUGAUCUUCUCUGUCUUUUUGUACUUAUUUUCCUACAAAGAACACCUCGUGUGUCUUGUUUUGGCAAUGGCCCUAGGAUGGGCUAAUAUGCUCUAUUUCACCAGAGGUUUCCAGUCCAUGGGCAUUUACAGUGUUAUGAUUCAAAAGGUCAUCCUGCAAGAUGUGAUAAAAUUUUUAGUUGUCUAUAUCGUGUUUUUGCUGGGAUUUGGCGUAGCUCUUGCUGCAUUGAUUGAAACUUGCCAAGAUGGCAGUGAAUGCCACUCCAACAGCAGUCUGGGACCUGUUCUGAUGGACCUUUUUAAGCUCACCCUAGGACUGGGUGAUCUGGAGAUCCAGCAAAAUUCGAAGUAUCCGGUGCUAUUUCUUCUGCUCCUCAUAACUUACGUUGUGUUGACUUUUGUUCUUCUCUUGAACAUGCUGAUUGCAUUAAUGGGAGAAACAGUGGAAGAUAUUUCUAAAGAGAGUGAGCACAUCUGGAAACUCCAGAGAGCCAGAACUAUUUUGGAAUUUGAAAAAUUCUUACCAAAAUGUUUGAGGAAAAAAUUCCAACUGGGAGAACGGUGUAAAGUGGCUGAAAAUGACACCAGGGUGUGUUUAAGGAUUAAUGAAGUGAAAUGGACCGAGUGGAAAACACACGUUUCAUUUAUUAAUGAAGAUCCAGGGCCAACAGAUCCAAGCAAAGUUCAAGAUAAUUCAAGAACUAAUAGCAAAACCACCCUGAAUACGUUUGAAGAAAUGGAUGAUUUGCCUGAAACUUCUGUUUAG